AUGAUCAAGACUUCUGGUAUCCGGAUGAGCCUGAGGCAUGUCGACUCCAUUCGCGUCAUGAGGCAGGUCCGGAAGAACAAAGAGGCUUUGGAUGCAGCUCGCGUGGCAACCGUCCUGCUCAACAACUGGCGACAGCUUUCUUUCAAAAAAGUCUCCUUCCACGUCGUCCUAGGGUCAGGCAUUAGAAAGAUCUGGCUAGAAAACGGGAAGGUUCCACUUCGCCAGUGUCUAAUAAAAAGCCACCCUGCUUCAACUCCACCCACCCUUUUCUUCGCCGCAAUGUGCCUCAACAACGUUCCCGCUGAAACUCUGUACGAUAUCGUUGCGAUCGUCGUCGCCGACUACAUCGACUGUGCCGUGGCUUCGCCUCCGAGACCUACCUGGCUUCGGCCCUUCAAAGAGUCGGUGAUCAACUACGUUCGACGCCAUAUACUCGCCUGGCGCGAAGAACGCGGCCUUGGACCUAUUGUCAUCCCCGUUGGAUCUGACAAGACAGAAUGGUCCGGUAUUACCGAAGACAUGUUCGGGCGCAUUCUUGAACUUAUUGGCGACUACUACGAAGGCGAGCCUGAGAUGCCGCUGGAUGAGGCUCCUCUGCUUCCACUCGAUCUUCUCAAUUUCCUCUGUGAGGCCAACGGUGAUGCAGAUGCCGUUGCCAGAAGCCAGAGAAUGCGACAAGACGCUGUAACUGACUCUGGACACUCUGUUGAAGGCUCUGAUUCUGACGCGGACAGCGGCAGCUCCGUUCAUUCGACUGACGACGAUUCCAGCGACGAAGCCGACCCAAAUGACAGCUCUGAAGAUGGGGAGCUCAUGGACGACGACUCCUCCGAUGAUGACUUAGACCACGACGAAUAUCAAAAAGCACUCGAAAGUUGGGAAGAAAUUGAGAAGACCGAACCUCUGCCCAAAAACUUGGUCUCUCCUCUCUUAACCGCAAACAAAUACUUUCGUCAGACUACUCUGAAAGUUCUCGAAGACGCACUGCACCUGACUGUCAUCGAACCUAUUAACUCCGAGUCCAGUAUACUGAAAUCUCUCGUUCAUACAUUGCGCAAGCUCCGUCGAAGCUACCGUCUGGCCCAUACCCGGCCUUUCCGAUGCGGAAACCUUGUCGUUGCAUACGAUGGUCCGGUUACGCCUUUCAUAGAUGCGUACCUCAGCCUGGCUCAGUCCACCUAUACGCUACGAUCAAUGGCAAGGUUUCAGAAAGCUCUGUCUAAACAAGACCCUGAUCGACGGGCAACAAAUCGACAACUGGUCAUGGAGACGUUGAGGGGGACAGAAUUUAUUUACCUGACCGUUCCUCAGACAGCACUGCGUUGUCGGAUAGCUGAAAGAGCGUUCGUGGUGGGACGAAGGGUUGCAGCAUGGUCGAACCUGGGCAAGCAUCAAUCGAAGCUUAGAAAUGCAUGCCGCAAAUUCGAACAAACAGCUUCUUCAUGCGCUGCAAGGAGCCCAGUCUACGCUGAGAAUCGUGACGACCUUUCAGGUGCUCUCGACGAUUUGGCAUUUUUUACGGAGAACUACCAAGGAACCGAACCCUUUAAUGUUCUUCCAGCGGCCUUGAUCAAGAGUCUUGCCGUCUCUCUCACACGGAAUGAUGUCAGGCAACUUUCAUCCUAG